CUCUGGACCCCAAACAGGAAGUUCCGCCUCACAGCUUCCAUUCUUCAGACGCCAACAAUAUCCGGUGACAAAACAAACCAGUGUUCUGCGGCUCUCAUCGAUUUAAACGACGGAGAGCGAACCAGCUUUACUCGGAAGAGGAGUCACCGGGGUUUCUCCUGAACUACAGACAUCUUGUCUCCUCCACCAUGACCGCUGCUGCUGUGAGAGGUUCCGCCAGGGUGCCUGUCCGAGGCGCUGGCGAUGGCAUGGAAACUGAGAAACCACCGGCCAUCCUGGAGGUGAAAACGGAUACACUACCAUCAAGUCCAUCUGAUGUUCCCCUUCUGAAGGUGGCAAGCCCAAAACACAGCCCGAAAUCUGCCCACUCUGCUGCACCCCAGCCUCUCGGGGUGCUCCAUCUGGGCAAGGUCAGUCGAGAGGCCUGCACAGAGGUGGAGGCCGUGAGAAUCAUCGUACCACGUUCUGCUAUAAGCCGGAGCAGUCGCACAGGACCUGCUGAGGGUAAAGGGGACCCUGGGCAGCAGGCUGAGGAGCAGGGCUCUCCCCCGCUGCCUCUGGUGGAGGACUGGAGAGGACAGCUGGAGAAGCUGCAGAACUCUGAACGCAGGCUGCUGCAGGACAAGGAAGGGCUUUGCAAUCAGCUCCGUGUGCAGACAGAGGUGAAUCGUGAGCUAAAGAGACUUCUGGUGGCGUCGGUGGGCGAUGACCUACAAUACCAUUUUGAGCGACUGGCGCGGGAGAAGAACCAGCUGAUUCUGGAGAACGAAGCUCUGGGCCGCUGCCUGGCUCACACUGCAGAGCAGCUGGAGCGAAUGAGUAUUCAGUGUGACGUUUGGAGGAGCAAGUUCCUGGCCAGCAGAGUCAUGGCAGAGGAGCUGACGAAUGCCAGGGCAGCAAUGCAAAGGCAGACCAGAGACGCACAAGGAGCAAUUCAGGAUCUGCUGUUGGAGCGAGAAGAGUUCUCCGGGGACAUGGUUCUCACUCACAGAUCUCUGGAGCAGCUCCUGGUGUCUCUGCAGUGGGGCCGACAGCAGACCUACUACCCCAGCGCACAGCCCCUCAGCACAAGAGAGCUGGCAGCAGCUAAUCUCAAGCUAGCAGACGCCAUCAACUCCCACCUACUGGGCAACACCAGUAACAGCAGCAACACCGUGGUGAAGAGCAGCAGCACAACAGCCGAGCAGCUGUGCAGCACGCCGGCCGAGAAGAUGGCCGAAAAGGUCUUGAAGAUUUUAGAUCCAAUUUCCUGUCCAGAAAACCAGACUGAACCUCAACUGAGUGACUCCCCGUCAAACUUCCUCAACAACAAGAAGAGCAUCGGCAGGUUUCACCCGUACACCCGCUAUGAGAACAUCACCUUCAACUGCUGCGAGCGCUGCUCAGGAGACAUCCUGGUGCUGUAGAGGUCAAAGAGCGACAACACGACCUGACGCCAGCGCAGCAUCAGAACUUAUUUCAAACGGUCUGAAGAGGAGAGGACGCCGGAGGAUCACGCUGCUUUUUGUUGAGUGACAUGAAAAGUUGGCAGCUUUUUGCAACUUUGGUUGUUUUGCCCCUUUCAGUGAGUAGCAGCCCUGACGGUUGUAUUUAUAUAACUUUAGAAAAUGGUUUUUACAUUUUAUCCACCUGAUGUUUAUUUAGUUCUCUUUAAGAAAAUGGAGUUUUGUUCAUGUAGAUUGCAUUUCGGAGCCUGGUUUAAACCAUGGAAAGACUUAUUUCUGGAAUGUGAGAUCAAGAUGAGUCAGUGUUACAUGGUGAACAGACGUUAACGUGUCUGCUUCCUCUGACUUGUAAGUUUUAAAUUUUAUUCACUAAUAUGUUCUCAAGUCAAGUGUGAGUCUUUUGACGAGGAGAGUCCAACAUACACUGUGCAAAGUUUGCCCCAGUUCCUCUGUGAGAUGGUGCUUAUUUCAACGACGUUGUAUUUAUGUAUUUUGGAUGUAAAGGGUCAGAAUAGACAUUCGACAGUUAGGAAUCAAAAGGUACAACAGACAUAUUGUAUCAGCAUCAUUUAAAAAAGGUCUUAAUAUUUUCAAAUGCAGUUUGAAAGAAAAAUUAGAAGCAACAAUGUUCUGAUAUUUUUCCAGGUAUUUCAUUUGUUUUACUUGAAUUGAUGUUUCUAUUUAUUAUAAAAACAUGACUGUGUUUUUGCCUCAAGACAACAAUGAAAUGACGAAUAAUGUUGCAUGUGCAAUUUUUUAAAAACCGAGCUGUGGAAUACUUUGGUUUACUUCAUCUGUAUAAAUGAUGGUGAUGCUAUAAUUUUAUCGUGAAAACACAAAAAUGUUCAUACAUCAUUUGUAUAUCAGAUCAAAAAUAAAGACCAAAGUAGUUUUGACUGUUUUUAAAA